CAAAUGGUGGACACACAGACGGACACACAGCCGUUCCACUGAGCUCUGAUGAUGGCGGUGAGCAUAGAAUUGCCAUGAAGCAUACAGGGAGAAACUUAUCUUGCUUUGACACUUUAUUUGAUGUUCAUGAAAUACGCAACACAUACCAGGAGCUUUCGGGCCAGAAACUGACCGCAAGUGAUGAGAGCAUCAACCUCCCGCUUAAGUUUUUCUUCAAGGGAUCCUAUAUGGAACCGGAUGCCGGAUCAGAUAUCGGUGUCCGAGUUUCUCUCGGAGACGACGGAGGACUACAACUCCCCCACGACGUCCAGCUUCACGACCCGCCUUCAGAGCUGCAGGAACACCGUCAGUGUUUUAGAGGAGGCUUUGGAUCAGGACAGAACUUCACUGCAGAAAGUUAAAAAGUCUGUCAAAGCCAUCUACAGUUCUGGCCAAGAACAUCUUCAGAAUGAGGACACGUAUGCUCAGGCGCUGGACAAGUUUGGUGGUAACUUCAUCAGCCAAGAAAACCCUGACCUGGGAACAGCCUUUGUUAAAUUUUCCACUCUGACAAAGGAGCUUUCAUCCCUGCUAAAAAACCUGCUCCAGAGCCUGAAUCAUAAUGUGAUCUUCACACUGGAUUCUCUGCUGAAAGGAGAGCUGAAAGGCGUAAAGGGGGAUCUGAAAAAACCCUUUGACAAAGCCUGCAAGGACUACGAAACAAAGUUCACAAAGAUAGAAAAGGAAAAACGUGAGCACGCCAAGCAACAUGGCAUGAUCCGAACGGAGAUCACGGGUGCUGAGAUUGCAGAGGAAAUGGAGAAAGAGAGACGCCUUUUUCAGCUUCAGAUGUGUGAGUACCUGAUCAAGGUGAACGAGAUUAAGACCAAAAAAGGUGUCGACCUUCUCCAGAACCUGAUAAAGUAUUAUCAUGCACAGUGCAAUUUUUUUCAGGAUGGCUUGAAGACAGCUGAUAAACUCAAGCAGUACAUUGAGAAGCUAGCUACUGAUCUUUACAAUAUAAAGCAAACUCAGGAUGAGGAGAAAAAACAGCUCACAGCACUGAGGGAUCUUAUCAAGUCCUCUUUGCAGUUAGAGCAGAAAGAGGACUCACAGAGCAAACAGGGAGGCUACAGUAUGCACCAACUGCAGGGUAACAAAGAGUUCGGCUGUGAGAAGAAAGGAUACUUGCUGAAGAAGAGUGAUGGGCUGCGAAAGGUAUGGCAAAGGAGAAAAUGCUCAGUGAAAGGAGGAAUUCUUACUAUCUCUCAUGCCACGUCAAACAGGCAGCCAGUCAAAUUAAACCUACUCACAUGUCAGGUCAAGCCGAGCACUGAAGACCGCAAGUGUUUUGAUCUCAUUUCCCAUAAUCGCACAUAUCACUUUCAGGCUGAAGAUGAACAGGAGUUUGUAAUCUGGAUCUCAGUGUUAACUAACAGUAAAGAAGAGGCAUUAAACAUGGCUUUCCGAGGAGAGCAGACAGCGGGAGAAGACGGCCUGGAGGAUCUGACUAAAGCCAUCAUUGACGAUGUCCUGCACAUACCUGGCAAUGAAGUUUGCUGUGACUGUGGUGCUGCAGAUCCAAAAUGGCUGUCAACUAACCUGGGCAUUCUGACAUGUAUUGAGUGUUCAGGCAUUCACAGAGAGAUGGGAGUGCACAUCUCUCGCAUUCAGUCCAUGGAACUGGACAAAUUGGGAUCCUCAGAACUCUUGCUGGCCAAGAAUGUCGGAAACAGUAAUUUUAAUGAAAUUAUGGAAGGAAAUCUUCCUUAUCCCUCUCCAAAGCCUACUCCAUCUAGUGAUAUGACAGUUCGCAAGGAAUUCAUAAAUGGCAAGUAUGUGGAUCGUAAAUUUGCAAGGAAGAUUUGCACCUCUGCAGUGGAGAAGCAGACUGAUCUGUAUGAUGCAGUAAAAUCACGUGACCUACUGGCUCUCAUCCAAGUGUUUGCUGAGGGGGUGGAACUUAUGGAACCAGUUCCUGAUGGAGGACAGGAGUGUGGAGAGACAGCGCUGCACUAUGCUGUGAGAACCGCUGACCACACGUCACUGCAUCUUGUCGACUUUUUGGUACAAAACAGUGGAAAUCUGGACAAACAGACUGAGAGGGGAAACACAGCCCUGCACUACUGCUGCAUCUAUGAAAAACAUGAAUGCCUCAAAUUACUUCUGAGAGGAAAACCUGCUACUGAUCUCACCAAUCACAAUGGAGAAACAGCACUGGAUGUGGCCAGGAGGCUGAGGAUUGACCAGUCUGCAGAGGCAUUGAUUCAAGCUGCAGAGGGGAAGUUUAAUCCAAAGGUUCAUGUUGAGUAUGAAUGGAAUCUUAGGAUGGAGGAAAUGGAUGAGAGUGAUGAUGAUCUUGAUGACAGGCCAAGCCCAAUUAAAAAGGACCGGAGACCACAGAGUUUCUGUCACUCAUCCAGCCUGUCUCCUCAUGAUAAGCUCUCACUUCCGUCUUUCCCUCUCCAGCGUGAUAAAUCACGCCUCUCCUACGGCAUGUUCACCAAUCAGAUUUAUAGCGUUUCUACUGACUGUCCCUCAUCUCCUGUCAGUGAUGCACCACCUUUACCACCCAGGAAUGCAGGAAAAGCUCCUUCUCUGGCAUUCCUUGGUUCUCAUUCACACUAUGCUACCGUGACUAGCUCUCGGCCUUACAUCACCCUGCCACCUUCAUCCCCGCCACUCUCCCCUGGCUCCCAGACCCCUUCCGACAGCAGCUCUGCACUAUCCAAGAGGAGACCCCUACCCCUUCCCCCUGGUCACAAACGCACACUGUCAGAUCCCCCAACCCCACUCUUACACUCAUCAAUGUGUAAAGGAAGCGACUCUACACCUCCUCCAAUCAAUAAAAUGUCACCCAUAACAAAUCGAUUUGAAGGCAUACUACAACAACAGAGCACAGCGUCAAGUACCACUAAAGCUACACUUGGCCCAAGGGUUCUUCCCACACUACCUCAGAAGUUUGUCCUGCGUAAGACUGAAACAAUUCACCACCCUUCAGUGGAGAAACCCAGCCAGUCUCCAGAGCCAGGGUUGUUUCCAAAGUCUCCUCCAGGGUUCGACACUCCACAGAAAUUCUCUUUACCUGAUAAACCUCAGCCAGGGGACCUCCAUCCUAAACCCAAUAUCUCAGAAUUACCCCCUAAACCUGGAGAACUACCCCCAAAGCCGCAGCUCUUUGAUCUGCCCCCCAAACCUCAGCCAGGAGACUUACCACCCAAACCUCAACUCAAAGACCUCCCACCCAAACCACUACUUCCAGAUUUUUCAAAUCCCAAAUAUGGAAUACCUGAACCUGUGCAUAAGUCCCCUCCUGUAGACGUAGCUCACAAACCUGAGCACUUUGACAUGCCAGUGACUAAUCAACAAGAUGAAACCUUACCUCCGCUCACUCACUCUACGGAAGACACCAAUGGAAGCCUGGCGUCUGGCCCAGAAACUCCAACACCACUUCCUAGGAAAUUUAGCACAGGUAAGAUUAAACUGCGGCGAGUGAAGACCAUCUAUGACUGUCAGGCAGAUAAUGAUGAUGAGCUAACGUUUGCAGAGGGCGAAGUCAUUGUGGUAACAGGGGAGGAGGAUCAAGAGUGGUGGAUUGGACAUAUAGAAGGACAGCCAGAGAGAAAAGGUGUUUUCCCAAUGUCCUUUGUUCAUAUCCUGUCUGACUGACAGCAGAUACUGAGCUGAGUUCGAUAACCCUUCUCACCUUGCUGAUCUCCUAUAAAGAGAAACUUGUAAAUAGCUGUUGGAACCUCCAUGGGUGUUUAAAAUAUGAUGUGCCACAAAAAGAUGCAGAAACCUCUUAUUAACUUCCUCCCCAACAUAGAGGUGCAGUGUGAAUGAUGAGUAUUUGGCAUCACCAGUGUUUCCAUUCCUGUUCAGCACAGCUGAAACUGCACCCAGCACUUAGUCAUAUCCUUUUUCAGCUAUUUUUUAGUGCUUUUGUAUAUGAUACUGUAACUGUACAUACUCAUACUGGCUGCACAAACACAUACACAGGGAUUAGUAUUGUGUGUAAAUAUGCAAACCUGUUAGAAAGUAAAACAUGUACAGUAUGAUCAUCGUCUGCCUGUCAGUUGUCUAUACCAGGACCUGUGCUGUACAGAUUGUGAUGUGUAAAGUUUUAAUGCAGACUGAUCAUUGUAUUGUAACUAAAAUGGCACACUUGGUUAUAGGCUGUAGCUAGAAUGACUGUUCAGGCUUGCUUAUUUUAAUAUUUUCAUCUCCAACAUACAGUACCACUAUAGCACAUCUAGUGAGAGAAUCAUGGCUUGUAAUUUUCACUUAUUCCCUUUUGAUUUUAUUGUGACAUGAACCUGUAAGCUGCAUAUACUGUACCUAUCGUUUUUAAAUUGUGUCCUCAGUAUUAGAAGCCACAUCUGAUGAGCUGGAGCUCACCCUUCUGCUCUAAAGGAUAUUUGUAAUGAUGUUUUAAUGUUCACUUUUAUUGUAUCAUUGGUUUUUGCUCCAUAAAUAUCUUCCCCCCCCAAAAAAAAAAAAAUCAAUGCACAUUGAAGGUAUUAUACUUGAAGCAUUCUGUGCACAAGAAUGUGAUGUACUGAAGAGUGUAGGGAGUUAUAAAACAUUGCAAUGGCCAUCUAAUGAAGCACCACCUUCACCCUGAGCAACUUGCCAUGCACUGUUAUAGCAAGAUGUUAGUGGUAUACUCAGGUUAUUGUAAAUUGAAUAAAAUGGCUCUAGCGGAAAACUUCUUGCCACACAGCAAGCUUUAAUAAAGUGAGAAGUUAAUGUAAUGUUUUAAAAGACUAAAUAAAAUGGCAUUUUAAAUGAAAGGCUUAACAUG